AUGAUCAUUAGCAGAUUCUUAUAGAAGACAUUAAAUUUUAAAGCUUAAAAAAUAUUGUAUCCAAAGAUUUUUAAUUACAAAUAAAAUUAGCAGGUGUGCUUAUUUUAGGUGAAUAAAUUUAGAAUUUCUGAAGAAAUUCAUGAUAAAUUGGAUUUUUUAGAGUGUAUUUAAAACUAUAAAGAUAUUCUAUAGCAUGACGAAAGAGAUUUAACUACUUUAAAUAACUUAGCAACUCUUUAUUUUAACCAUUAAUGCUACACAGAGGCUCAUACACUUUUUGAAAAAUGUAUUGAAGUAGAUCCUACCUUUUCUUCUGCUUAUACACAUUUAGCUAGGAUUUAUAUAGAGUAGAAUUAAAUUGAUUUAGCAGUAGAACUACUCAAUAAAAAUAUUUCUUACAAUAAAUAAAGUAUUGAAACUAUUUUCUUAUUGGGAUUAAUUGAUUUAAAACAAUAAAAAUAUGACUUUGGAAUUAAGAAGUUAUACGAAUGCAUAAAUCUUAAUCCUGAUCAUACAGAAAGCUACCUUCAACUAGGGAUAGGUUAUCGUAAAAUUAAAAAUUACUCAAAAUCAAUCUAAUACCUGAAUUAGUAUUUGAAUUUAACAUCCGACAAAUCUGAAGCUCAUUACCAGCUGGCCCUUACUUAUGAAGAUCAAAACGAAUUAAGAGAUGCUAUCAAAUGUUACAAAAAAGCUUUAGAAUAUAAUCCUAAUAAUUAUAAAGCAUAUAAAAAUAUUACAAUGGCUUACAUAGAGCUGAAAAAAUUUGAUAAAGCAAACAAAUAUUUAAGUAAAGUACCUAAAUAGCUAUAAGAUGAUUUCGAUUUUUUAUCAGCAACUGGUUAUAUGCUUGAAUAAGAUGGUAAGUAUGAAGAAGCAGCUGCUUAUUAUGAAUAAUUUGGUGAAAAAUUUUAAAAAGAUUACAAAUUUUAUUUAAGUUUGGGAAAUUGCUAUUUAAAAAUGGGCUAGUUUGAUUUGGCAGAGAAUAUGUAUAGCGAAGGACUGAUGCUAUCACCUGAAUAUUUUUAUAUUGGUCUAGCAGAAGUUUGUGUAGUUAAAAAAAAAUAUUAAUAGGCUAUUUAAUACUUAGAAAACGCAAGCGAUAUAGAUCCUGAUAAUAGAGAUAUUUAUUUAAAAAUAAGUAAAAUUUAUGAGGCUUAAGGCCAAAUAUUUGAAGCAAUAUAGUAUUCUUACUAAGUCAUGGAAAUUACACCUAAUGACUUAGAUAUUAUAAUCAGAUUAUCUUAAUUACAUCACUAAGAUGGUAAUGCUGAAUUAGCUGCUUAGUUCAUGAAAAAAGCCAUAGAGUUAGAACCUUCAAAUCCUGAUUUGUAUUAUGAAUAUGGAAUAUUAAUACAAGAAUUAGGAUUUGACGAAGAAGCAGAGGAAUAUUUCAAAAAAACUCUUAGUAUUAAUAACCACUACCCAUAGCUAUUUAAAUUUAGCUAAGAAUUAGCUAGAAGAGAGGCUGGUUUAGAAUAACCUAAUUGA